CCAUUAUUGUGCAAUUUUAAUUAUUCCAGCAAAAACCUAAUAGCAUUUGGGUUAGAUAUUAAAAUGGCCAAGGACCUAAAAAUCCUGACAGGAUUAUACAUUAAAAAAAUAAACCUGCAGAGGGCGACAGUCACCGACUUGAAUCAAAUGAUAAAACGACAAAAAAAUGAAUAAAUACAUGGGAUAGAUUUCCUGGUUGUUAACAAAUAUCUCAUAUGUCACGUUCAGUUAACCAAAGAUUUAUUUAUAAUGUGAAAUAAAUGCGAAAUCAAAAUGCGAGAGAAGGGCUUUUAUUUGAUUUCUUGUUUUAUUUGAUUUCCGGUUCCUGUGUUUCCCAUGAUGCCGUGCCCGUUGGGCAAAUUCAAACAGUAGAAAUGGAAGAGGAAUCGAGGAGAGGAGAGUUUGACUGUGCAAACAUGACUGUCAUCAAACAUAGCAACACCAACGAAACUUCUGACAACAGCUACAACAACCCGGUUAUUCACACCGACCAGUCUCCAGCUCAGGAAGAACAAUCAAAGGUUUCAUCUGACGGAAAAGGGGAAUGGAACAUUCUGUGCCAUGUCAGUGAUCCUGAAUCAUCCACUAAAUCUAAGGUGGAAAAUUCGUGUUUGUUGGAUAACGGUGAGAUCGAGAGAGACCUGGAGCCUUUAACCCCAUCAGAAGACAAAGAAAAUAAAAAUAUCGUCAUGCAUGCAAGAACAGAACUUCGAGGUGACGGUCAUGAUGUAGGUUGCCAGCAGUUUGAUCCUUUGGCCAAUUCUUCUGGCAGUCAGAGAGAUUGUGAAUCUAGUGGAUUGACUGCAAACCAUGUUGAUGAUGAGGAAAUAUUCAGGAGAGCAAGAGAAGGACGAGUGAAUGUUGUCUUUCCUGGCCGUAUCACCCAGGAUGGCUGCUGCAGAUUUGUUUGUGAGCUUCUGAAGUGUGUACUUUACCAGAGGCAGCAGAUGCCUAUGACCUAUGACCAAAUGGUGUUCCUCCAGAAACAGCAGCAUAACGGUCCUCAGACAGAUGAUAUGGUAAACCGACGGUCUUCAAAGACCUCUGAGGGCUUGGACCGGCGUCGGUGUCAGCGGACAUUACAGGAACUAGAUGAAGUGCUGGCCCACAUUGAGGCAUUGUUCUCUCUUAGCCAAGUUCCUCGUGUGCUUUUCUUUCUGGGUGGGUCUACCAUCCUUCCCACAGAGCUGUAUGAGGUAAACAUGGAAGCAGUGGCCGUGGGGGCCGGAGAAAACAGCUUGAGGACCUCUACCUGUCUAAGACAGCUUUUCCGCGCAUUGUUUGUGGCUGACCUGUUGUCGGAUGCCAAGUCUGUGCGGCUCAUGACAACGACGGUCAUGGCUCUGGCUCACCGGGAUUGUGGCGUGACUGGGUUUAGGCCCAAAGUGGAUUUCAAAGUUCCCACAAAAGUGAAAAGGCAAGUCAUCUCUAUAGCCAGCGAUUUGUCGCUCACCGGGGCGUUACACAAAACUAAAAGAGAUCUGGAGGAAUAUAUAUGGUUUCAAGCCCCUGUCACUGUGAAAGGUUUCUGUAAAUGACAAGGGAAUAAAGAAUAACAGAUUUCAGGGAAUGCUGAAGUACAGUUCACUCCAUUUUCAGGGAUCACAGCUGUAUUACUGGCCAAAAAGUAUAUGGGCUAUUGUUUUUUUUAAUUAUUGUUAUUAUUCAGGAAUUCUGUGUGAAUUGUACUUUUUUAAAAAGAAAAAAACAACAACCUCAGAUUAUUUAUGCCAUUUACGUUUGACAUCUGCUAAACCAUCUAUUUUACAUUAUUAAUUUUUACAGUAUACAGUGGUGCUUUUUUUUUUAAAUGUAUAAUCUUGGCUGCUACUCACUCCUAAGACUAUUUGUACCGAUUUGUAAUUACUGUUAAUUAAAACCAACUUCUAUAUGACAGCUACUGGACACUGAUGCAUGCACAUGAUUUUAAUUUUUAUCUUU